UUUGAAGCGGGGCGCAAUUAAACACAUCCAAUUCCCCCGUGAAACUGUCAGCAUUUGAGUAUUCAGUGCAAGCCUAACUUUUUAAAAAUUGCACGGCGGACUGAAAGUGUCAGGGUUUGGUGUUUGCAGCACGCCCUUUGAAUGGAUUUUCAUCUUCUACUGAUAAGACCAGCCGGUGACGAUGGAGAUUAGUGGUCUCCCACUGGAGUUGUGGCGCCUGAUUCUGGCCUAUUUACCUCUCCCAGACCUGGGUCGCUGCUGUGUCGUGUGCAGAGCCUGGUAUGAACUGAUUAUCAGCCUGGAUAAUACCCGAUGGAGACAGCUGUGUCUUGGAUGCAGUGAGUGCAAACACCCAAAUUGGCCGAAUCAACCUGAUGUUGAGCCUCAUUCUUGGCGGGAGGCUUUUAGGCAACACCAUUUAACUUCAAAAAUCUGGACUAGAAAUGCUCAAGACCUGGAAUCCUCAAAUUGCUUGUAUUUAUUUAGGAGGAAGAAGGAUAGAAAAACUAUAUUUGUAGGUCCAGCAAGUGAACAUGUAAACCUCAGGAGUGCCUUAGCAGUUGCCAAUGUGUAUGAUAAGAUCAUUAUUUCACCUGGAGUAUAUGAAGAACAGAAUGAGGUGACAUUGAAGGUCCCGGUGGAAAUAAUUGGACAGGGAAAGCUAGGAGAUGUGGCACUCCUUGUUAGCUUUGAUCAACACUGUCCAACUGCACGACUAUGCAAUCUGGUCCUCAUGCCUGCAUGGUUCACACCUAUUGUGUACAAGACAAUGUCCGGCCAUGUCCAAUUUGACAACUGCAAUAUAGAAAAUGGGCAGCUGCAGAUCCACGCCCCUGGAACCUGUCAAGUGAGGUUUUGUACUUUCAGCCAGUCUAGCAUCAGUUUCCACAACGUUGCUCUCAGUAUAAUUGAAAACUGUGAGUUCAAUGGAAGUGAGAGCACAUCGGUGACUGUAGAGGGCUCCGGUCUGACUGAGAGAAACUGGGCCUGCAAACACCUGGCCGUGGCUGCCAAAUCCAACUCUCUUUUGAAUGUGCCAAGCCAAGCACUUUCAAAUGCUUGUAGCUCUGAAAAUCAUUGUCAGCAUUCAUCGAGCAGCUUUAGAACAUUUGAACUGAACGAUAAUGUGACUGGUUCACGCCAUGCUUCAGCCUCCAAACAAAAUUUCCAGAAACCCUGCAUGAGAGAUGGUCAGUGUAAUGGAGAAGGAUGCAUUACAAAACGGAGUCCUUGUGAGGGGGACGUCAUUACCUUAGAGACUGAUUACAGUGACAGUGAAAUGAGCACAUGCAGUGAGAAUGAAGAUGAUGAGCAAUCUGUAUAUAAACUCUCUUACCAAUCCCAUGGUCUGAGUCGCCUUUUGGCAAGGACCAAUCCGUUUAGGUCUCAAAAAAAGGGAACUGACCUCUUGCAAAUGGAUUUGGAAUUAAAAACUCUGCAAAAGGAGCUACAGAAGGAUAAAGAGGCUCAGGUUCUUGCCAGCAGCCUACAUGGCUGCUUAAUCCGGAAGUGCCUGUUUCGGGAUGGAAAAGGUGGUGUGUUUGUCUGCAGUCAAGGACAAGCUAGACUGGAAUGUAAUAUCUUCAGAAAUCUGAGUUAUGCUGUGCGAUGCAUCCAAAAUGCCAAGAUUAUAAUGAUAAGGAAUGAAAUUAGUCAAUGCAAAGCAUCAGGAAUCUUUUUACGAUUGGCAGCAGGUGGUUUAAUCGCAGACAACAACAUCCACUCCAAUUCUGAAGCUGGUAUCGAUAUCCGGAAAGGAGCUAACCCUUUGAUACUGUGCAACCAGAUUCACAGUGGCCAUCGCUCAGGAAUUGUUGUGCUCGGGAAUGGAAAAGGAAUCAUUCGCAGUAAUCGGAUCUAUGGAAAUAAAGAAGCUGGCAUCUACAUUUUGUAUAAUGGAAACCCUGUGGUGAGUGGGAAUCACAUCUACCAAGGACUUGCCGCAGGUGUUGCAGUGAAUGAAAAUGGAAGGGGCCAAAUAUUAGAAAAUAUUAUACGUGAGAAUCAUUGGGGAGGUGCAGACAUUCGGCGAGGAGGAGAUCCUGUUCUGCGAAAGAAUCUUAUCUGUUACGGUUAUUCAGAUGGUGUUGUUGUGGGCGAGCGAGGGAAAGGCUUAAUAGAAGGAAAUACCAUUUAUGGCAACAAGGGUUGUGGUGUGUGGGUCAUGUCCUCUAGUCUCCCCCACAUUGCCAAUAACCAAAUCAGCCGCAACAACAUCUAUGGAGUGGCUGUCUUCUGUCGUAAAGAUGAUGUAAAUGACUACCUCAACAAUCAAGGAGGCGAUGAAAAUUUCAAUGACGAGGGGGAGAUCAUCAACUGGGAAAAUGACUUUGACAGUGAUGAAGAGCGAUACACAUCACACAAACCAAUCACUGUGGCGUUGAUUGAGUUUAACAACAUCAAUCAUAACGGUGCUGCUGGACUCUACAUAAAAAGCAGUGAGACGCUCAACAUAAUAGCCAAUGCAGUCCAUGCCAACCAUGACAAUGGGAUUGCUGUUUAUCAGAGCAGUCAAUUCACCCACAUCACAAACAACAGCAUCACCUGCAAUAGUGUAGGUGGAGUUCUUGUAGAAGCAGGAUGCAAAGUUGAACUUCGGGGGAAUGGUAUCUAUGACAACAGCAGCCAUGGUGUUACCUCAAAGGGAGAAGGGACUGUCUUGGAGAAUGACAUCCUGGGAAAUCAUGGAUAUGGUCUACAGCUACUUGAGAAUGCAGACAUGAAGGUGACCAAGAACAGAAUUCAAUCUCUUCAUGACUAUGGGAUUGCCAUCUUGGACCAAGCUAAGGGAACAGUGCAAGAAAAUCAAAUCUUUAGAGGAAAAGUAGGGAAGACCAUUUUGGAGAAAACAGAAAACCCAGAGAAGUGUACUGUACAAAGCAAUGAAAUUUUAGCCUGCAACAAAAAUUCUUGCAGAUCUGGCAUAGCCUGGAAACUGGACAAUCCUCCAGCAAGGCCACUUGUUGAUGGAUCAAAUCGAGCCACCUCCAUGGUCCAGACUCGUCAAAGAGUUGCAUCCAUGACGACUCGAAUAGCUGCAAGGGUUGAAGGGGGCUGCCAUGACAAUGGCAGCAUUUUCUGUUCCAUUCUUUAAUGAAUGAAAAUCAGCACUGGUACAGAUGUGCCACAAAAAGCAAUUUAAUGCCUCAAUUCCUGUAUCAAUUAUGUUUUAAGUGAUGGAAAAGAAAUUGGGGCAUGUAUUUUGUUAUUUCACUUCUUUACAGGUGAUCUUGCAUAUAAUCAAAUGAACGCAACAAUUAUUGGCAACUUCGAUUUGGAGUUUAAUAACAUGAUGCAGUUCUCUAAUAGAAGUUUAGAUCUGCUUAUUAAAGUUCCUAGUUUCGUACUCCCUGUCUGCAUGAUUAACAGCUGCCAAUCUUAUCCAUGUAUUUUCACUCAAUGAUGCAGUGUAAUGAGGGAUAUUUGUUCAUGCAGAUCUGAACCUGAAUGAUUUCUGAACUGACAUCUACACAGAAACCAGAUUUCUCCAAGAACCACAAUGAAUGGUUAAGUAUGGAAUUUCAUCAGUUUGAGAAGCUAAUGUCCCGUUUCAUUUAUAGUCAAACUGAUUUCUCUUUGUGAACUAGUACUGAACUUCUCCAAAAGUUUUAUCUUUUGAGUAAAAGAACAUUUCAAAUCCUGGUUAUGGUUAUUUUAUCUUUCUUCAUGGGAUGAUUCUGGGAAUGCCAGAAUUUAUUAUCCACCCCCAGUUGCCCUUGAGAAGAUGAUGAUGGUGGUGGUGGUGAUGAGCUACUGUCUUGAACUACCACAGUCCUUGGAAUGUUGGGAAGGGGUUCUGGGAUUCUGACUGUGACAGUGAAGGAGUAGUAAUAUUCUUCUAAAUCAGGAUGGUAAAUGGCUAUGUAGUUUGUGGUUUCCCCCUACAGCUGCUGCCAUAGUUGUUCUUAGGUGGUACAGGUCAUAGAUUUGGAAAGUGCUAUUGGAGCAGCCUUGGUGAGUUAAAUUCAUUGCAUCCCUAGUGAAGGGAGUGAAUGCUGGUGUUGGAUGGGGUGCCAAAUAAAACAGGCUUUAUCUUUUUGCUAAGCCACUUGGAUGUUGUUGGAGCUGCACUCCUCCCUGCAGUGGCGAGUAUUCCAUUAUACUUGCCUGAUUUGUACUUGUAUUAAACUAGGCCUAGUUCACAGCUUUAUGGAAAUGGUAGAAUGAAGGAUUGUCAGCCCAUGAGGUUACAGAUUGUGACUGAGUAUAAUUCUGCUGCUGAUGGCACACGGUGCCUCAGAUUCCUGGUUUUAAGUUGGUUUGAUAUCUGUCAACAACACAGUGGA